AUGAUUUCUGUCCAGAAAUCUGUGCCCCAGUGCACCACUGAAAUCCCUCCCGGCCGGGGAUACCCUCUUCAUACGAACGUGAGGAAGCCAAAGAUCGCGAUUGUGGGGUGCUCAUACGCGGGGAUGUCAGCAACCCUCACAUUGACGGCUUUGAAAGAUGAUCUUUCCAUUCCCUUUGAAUCUUGGGGUGAUUACAGCCACCUUCAAAAUGCCCCUUCGGUGCAAGAUUUCGAUAUCACCAUCGUUGACGAGAGAGAUGGAUUCUUCCACAGUGUCGGAGCCCCACUAGCCCACAUAUCGCCUGAGAAAACAAACAUGAUGUGGAAAGUCUAUGAAGGAUUUGCGGAGUUGAACCGACCGGAUAUCGAGUUCGUUCAGGGAACCGUUACGAGUAUCAAUUCGGCGAGUCAGACGAUGCAAUAUCAAAACUCUGAAGGCAAAUCAGAAGCAUUGGAUUACGACUACAUCAUUAUAUCUUCGGGCCUCCGGCGCCCAUGGCCUGUCGUUCCACGGUCCACGCAAUUCAGCUCAUACCUGUCGGAUGCUUCAACAUUUACACAGAGAAUAGUGGGAGCUCAAAAGCUCGGCGUAGUUGUCGUUGGAGGCGGCACUAAUCUUAUUCUUGGCGUAAAAGGCGCUGUAGGAGUCGAGUUUGCUGGCAAGAUCAAAACACAUUACCCUGAGACGCCAGUCACCUUGGUUCAUUCACGGGACCAAUUGCUCUCUAGGGAACCGCUGCCAGAAGAGUUCAAGACAAGAACAUUGGAACUGCUCCGGGAGCAAGGAAUCGAAGUCAUUCUCAACCAGCGUGCCCACGUUGAAGAGCUGCCAGAUGGAACAUCCUACGUCAAGUUCAAUGAUGGCAAUUGCUUACACACUGCUAUGGUCAUCACGGCAAUGGCCUCCCACAACCCCUCCUCGGAAUUUUUGCCACCUGCCAUUCUCGGCAACGGAGGCAUCAACGCUGAUUCAUAUCUCCGAGUUAUCUCCGGAAUUAAUCCCAUCCCUCGAAUGUUUGCAGCUGGAGAUAUCAUAAAUCUUCCGGGGAUCAAACUGGGAGGAACCGCAAUGUUGAUGGGGAGUGUAGCUGCGGCCAAUAUCUACUCUUUGCUGGUCGCUCAAAAUAAUUCAAGCUGGUCAUUAGUUAUGGAACCAUACGUCCCGAUUAAGCCGAAGAUGGCUCUAUCCGUGGGUAACAGUGCUGUUUGUUAUACCCCUGGCGGCGAAGGAGUCAGAUAUGGAAAAGAUUUGGUGGAGCCUCUGUUUGGGUCUGACCUUGGAUGGUCAAAAGUUCUGUCGGCACUUGGAUUGAACAAAUACGAAAACGCAUCAGUGUAA